CACCUGGGUAAACCGGGCUCAGUCCCUGCCUGAGCGGUGGUACAGCCAGGGUCCUGCUUGCAUUUCCCACCCCGACGGUGCGCACACGCGGUCCUAGCUCUUGCCGCAGUAGGCUCGGCCAGCAUCGUGUCCUUUCCUCUGAACCCAGCACAAGGUCUGAGAAUGGUGCCUGCUCAGUGGGAGCCUGAAGGCAUCAUUUCUGUGUGCCUCACUGGCUCAGAAUCUGUGUAUUGCCCACUCUUAGUACAGGGUGAAAAGUUGUCUUUGGCAGUGAGGAGAGAAGAACAGAGCUAGAGGUGAUGUCACACCUAGGUGUUGGCAUUGCGUGAUGUCUUGGACAGACGAGGAACGUAAGGACUGAUGUUUGGACAACGACAAGUCCCCACACCCACAUACCUCCCCGGCGCUGAACAGCCAGGAGCCAAUGGCCAGCGACAAAGCCAAACCCUAUGAGCUCAACCAAGACAAAUAUGAUGCUGAUGAAAACGUGAAGAUCAUCUGCCUAGGGGACAGCGCUGUGGGCAAGUCCAAACUCAUGGAGAGGUUUCUCAUGGAUGGAUUUCGGCCACAGCAGCUGUCCACGUACGCCCUGACCCUGUACAAGCACACAGCCACAGUGGAUGGCAAGACAGUCCUUGUGGACUUUUGGGACACGGCAGGCCAGGAGCGGUUCCAGAGUAUGCACGCCUCCUACUACCACAAGGCCCACGCCUGCAUCAUGGUGUUCGACGUGCAGAGGAAAGUAACAUACAAGAACCUGAGCACCUGGUACACAGAGCUUCGGGAGUUCAGGCCGGAGAUCCCAUGCAUCGUGGUGGCCAAUAAAAUUGAUGCAGACGUAAAGAUGACCCAAAAGAGCUUCAAUUUUGCCAGGAAGUUCUCUCUUCCCCUGUAUUUUGUCUCAGCUGCUGAUGGUACCAAUGUCGUGAAGCUCUUCAAUGAUGCAAUUCGAUUAGCUGUGUCUUACAAACACAACUCCCAGGACUUCAUGGACGAGGUUUUGCAGGAGCUUGAGAACUUUGAUUUGGAGCAGAAGGAGGAGGAAGUGCCAGACCAAGCGCAGCAUGGCAACACUGAGAGCCCCUCCCCUUCCUGAGUCAAAGACGGAAGCCUCGCUCCUCGUGGACUUUGGUGGGGGUGUCCUUCGGAAUACCCUCCC